AUGCAGCGUGCCAUGCAUCGCCUCCGAAAGGUAGCUGCACGCCUUGGAUGUAGAUGUGCCCCGGAUGUGGCAGUCCCACAACAGCUUGGUGCUGGACCUUCUACUGCACAUGUUGGAGGGACUUCAUCUUCACAUGGUGCACAUAUUGGCGGGACUUCUUCUUCACAUGGUGCACAUGUUGGAGGGACUUCAUCUUCACAUGGUGCACAUGUUGGCGGGACUUCUUCUUCACAUGGUGCAACAACUAGUGCAGAGGGUGGUCAAGGACAUGGUCCUUAUGAUGAUGAAGAUGAUGAAGGACAGGGAGAGUACUAUGAGCAUGAGUAUGAUGAGAUUGUCAUGUCCUAG